UGCCAUUCGCAAUCGGCACGCGGUCGUGUACAGACGUGCGCCGGAAGUUUAUCAAAUUAAUAAAAAAAAUAAUCGAAAAUAAAUAAAUCGUUAAACCGAUUAGAAUAAAGAACAAACGCGAAAGAAGUCGUUGAUUAACGAAAUUUAACAGGCGUAUUUAGAAUUUUGACAUCUCAACAAAAAUUUUCUUUUUAAUACCGGUUAUUUUUAAAGGUUGUGUUGUGUUUACGUGAAAUUGAGGUGAAACAAGAGUUAUUUGAUUUGCUUUUGGGUCGGAUUCGAUUGGAAAUUGUGGUUAAAAAAAGAAGUGAUUAUUUUUACUCACCCCUCGCGAAAUCAACCCGCCGAUUUGUAAAUUAUCACGUCUAAUGUUGAUAUGAGCACGCACAGAAAACACUAUUUUAGAAUAGGUGGAGUGUAAUUUGGCAUGGCAUUCCCUUGCCAUGUUAGGCUGUAAUGCCGAAUGUCCAAAAUGUCAGCACCAUUUCGUGUGCUGCCCCCCGACACCAUGUUGUGCGGCGGCGGCGAUCAACGUACGUCAUUCAUUGCAUGGUUUUACCGGGGGCAACAUCGAGUUUCAUCACGUGAAUCAACGCGCAAGUUUAUCUCCGCAAGUUUCUCCAAGUCUCCCCUUAGAAUUCGUUUUGCCGCCGAUCGUAUCUCGUCAACAACACCAGCAGCAGCAACCGCAAAAUUGUCGGCCCCCCACGAAAGUCCACAAAACCCAUCCGGAGCGUAUUCAGGCUUUAAGGCAAUCCGGAUGGUAUUACGGGGCCAUAACGUACCAGCAAAGCCAAGAGUUGUUGCAAAACAAAUCGGUGGGGACUUUUUUGGUGCGAGAUUCUUCGGAUCCUCGGUUUAUGUUUUCUUUAAGUGUUCAAACGGAAAAAGGACCGACCUCGAUACGAUUACAUUUCGUUGAGGGUUGUUUUAAACUAGACUCUCAGCCGCAUUUGUUGCAAGUUAUGCCCAAGUUUAAUUCAGUUCCGGAGUUAAUCGAACAUUAUGUGAAAUCAAGCAAAAACGAUAACCACGUUUGGGUUGACCCCGCGGGUAAAUUACACUCUGCGAUCGUUAUUAAAAGACCUCUACCUAAAGGAAAUGGACCACCAAGUUUAAAACAUUUAUCCCGGAUGAGUGUUCAUAGUGUUUUACAACAAAACGUUAACGGUGAUGGUGUUUUAAGGGAUCCUAUUGCUUAUAAAAAAUUAGCGUUGCCACAACAGCUUAUUAAUUAUUUGGACGAAUAUCCAUAUACGAUAUAAAAAAUUAAUUAAUCGAUUUUAUUUAAUUUAUUUCUU